CACGUGUUGAAGUUUUGUCCCCGCUCGGCUCCCGUACUGGGUGUACAAAGAUGGCGGCGCAGGACAGCGAUAGCGAGGAGGAUUUUGUCACCUUUGGGAAGCCUCUGGAGCAGUAUGAGGAAGGAGAGAAGCCCAAGAAGCCGAUUCCGCUGCAGGAGCAGACGGUCAAGGAUGAGAAGGGGCGGUUCAAGCGUUUCCAUGGCGCCUUCACCGGCGGGUUUUCUGCCGGCUACUUUAAUACUGUCGGUACCAAGGAAGGAUGGGCCCCUUCCACAUUUGUGUCGUCUCGUCAGGAAAAAUCGGAAAGCAAAGCCAGUCGGCCGGAGGAUUUCAUGGAUGAGGAGGAUCUCGGUGAGUUUGGCAUUGCACCAAACGAAAUUAUGACAACAGAUGAUUUUGCUUCGAAAACCAAAAACAAGAUCCGGGAGAAGGCCAGAGAGCUAGCAGCGGUCACUGCACCUAUACCAGGCGCCACCAUCCUGGAGGACUUAAUAGCGCCUGCCAAGAUCACUGUAGGUGUACAGCUACUGCGUCAGAUGGGAUGGAAAGAAGGGCAAGGCGUGGGUCCGAGGACCAAGAGGAAAACACGAAAGCAGGAAACUGAUUCUGGCAAGAAGUUUUAUGGCUGUGCGCUGCCCCCUACAGGUUCCGAAGGAUCGGAGGAUGAAGACGAAUACCUACCCGAGAAUGUGACUUUUGCACCCAAAGAUGUGAUCCCCGUAGAUUUCACCAUGAAGGACAAUGUGCAUGGCCUUGGUUACCGGGGUCUGGAUCCUCGCCAGGCCUUGUUAGGAUCUCUGGACUCUCGUGUUAGCCUUUUCGGUGAUGGCUCUGAACGAAUGUUCAGUUCACUGGGAGAUGUGCGGCCCGGCAAAGGAAGGAAAGUCGGGAUUUCUGGACAGGCUUUCGGUGUUGGGGCUCUGGAGGAUGACGAUGACGAUAUAUAUGGCACAGACUCCAUGUCCAAGUAUGACACAGUGCUCAAAGAGGAGAGCGGAGACAACCUGUUUGGGUGGACGGCACCAAAAGAAUAUAGAAACAAGAAAGGGUCUACGAAAGAACUUAAAUACAUUGGAAAAGUCCUAGAGGGCUUCUCUAUAACAUCACAAUCGUCUGCACUCAAAAAGGUUUAUCCAGCACCUGAGCUCCCGAGGGAUUACAAGCCGGUGCACUACUUCCGACCUGUGCUAAGUGCAACCAAUUCUGCUGCUUUGCAAGCCCUGCUGGCAUCUUCCCAGUGUCCUCCUGCUGAGCCAAAGAAGGAUCAACUACCGAGUAGACACCAACUCAGCUCUUCCCAGAGAAGGGAGGUGCUGGGGGAGGAGGCACUUCAGGGUCCAGCUCCUUCUGUCCUAGACCUCCUCUCCAACAAGGACCGGGAAAGGAUCAAAGACGUGACGCAGACCUUGGAGGAUCAGAGGCUAAAAGCACAGAAACUCGCACAGGAAGCUAUGAAGAACCGAUUCCAGGCCGCGUCCGCAGAUGAGGCACAAAACAAGAGGCAGGAUGAGUUGCUUGACCGCCGGCUCAUACCGCCAAAUGCGUCAGAAUUCCGGCCCUUUGAGGGGAAUCCAGAAAAACAGAAAAGAUAUGAAAUAUACACCCGGAAACUCCACGAAGGACAGAAAGACGCUCUGGUAACUAGCCUGGACUCCAAAAUGACCGAAUGGGAGCAACACCGUGAGCAGGAUGAGUUCAUGCGGUCUGCCAUGUUGUACAAGCCGACCAAUUCCUCUCUGUCCUCCCGAUUCACCCGAGGAAAGCGGGAAGAUGAUUCGGAUAAAGUGGAAGUUCCCAUGGAUCAAGAGGGCGAUAUGGAUGACAAAUCUGCAGCGGUGAAAAUGAAAAUGUUUGGGAAGCUGACCAGAGAUCAAUUUGAAUGGCACCCGGACAAACUGCUGUGUAAACGCUUCAACAUCCCUGAUCCUUAUCCACAAUCCACUUUGAUUGGGCUACCCAAAGUAAAGAGAGACAAAUAUUCUGUGUUCAACUUCUUGACUAUUCCUGAACCACAACCAUCGACGACCUGUGCAGCGAUAUCGGAGAGAGCCCCAGAGAUCUCGGACAACAGGCAAAAGAAGUCCUCCAGGUGGGAUGUGUCCUCCACAGAGAAGAAGAAAGACCCUCUGAGCACGUUCCUCAGCCAGGCUCGCAGCCAGAGCGAUGUCAAGGAGGAAAAGGAAGAAGAGAAGGAGAAGAGAGCGCCUCCUACUGUCUCAGCGGCUACCUCCAGCCAGAGCCAGGUAGAUCAGGAUGCAGAAGUGGAGGAGGAGGAGACGAGACCUCCAAUAGAUUUAUUUAAAGCCAUAUUUGCUGAUUCCUCUGAGAAGUCCUCAUCGGAAGAGGAGAGCGAGGAGGAGGAUUCUCCAUUGCCCAGGGAAGAGAUUGAAGACAGCAGGCCAGAGACGUCACUGCCUUCUAUAGUAAGAGAGCCCAAGCCGGAGGUUCAUCAGCCUAUUCCUCCCACAGUGACAGAUGGUCCUGAUAAGAUGAAUGCUGAGGAAGAAUUUGGUCCCAGGCUUCCUCCUGCACUUCCUUCUGCGACCCCCCGGAUUACCUGUGAAUCUCCCUCACUCAGUCGGGAUGACUCCUUAAAGAAGUCGAAGCAGAAGAGACAUAAAGAAAAGCACAGACUGAAAAAGGAGCACAAACACAAGAAGGAGAAGAAGAAAAAGCACAAGAAGCAAAAGCACAAAAGCAAACAUAAAAAUAAAAAGGAAAACAAUGACAGCACAGACUCUGAAGAUAGCAGCGCAGAUCUUAGUGACACAGAAGAAGCAACCAAGAUUACACCCAGGGAGCUUCUGAAGAGGCUAAAAAAUCUUCCGAUCCCUCAUUAGUGACCGCGGUGGAUUCUACAGCUGGUGUCAAUGAAUUCACAGCCAAUAAACUUUACUGUAUAUAUAUUUAUGUAUUUUCUGAUGUGCCCUGUACAGGUAUAUAUUGGAAGGAAAUAAAGUCUGUUUUUCAAAA